AUGCUGGUGAUAGUAGAUUGGGUGACCAAGUACGUGAUCGCACACCCGAUGCGAUCGGCCGAUUCGGUGAAGAUGGUGGAGUUCCUGGAACAGAACGUCUUUCUCAAGUUUUCGCGGCCGAGGAUCAUCUUGUCGGACAACGGCAAGCAAUUUGUCUCGUCGGUGUUCAAAGCGAUGUUGGCGAGGCACAAGAUCACCCACAUGAAGACGGCCUUCUACUGCCCGAUGGUGAACAACGCGGAACGGGUGAAUCGCGUCCUGGUCACCGGGAUUCGAGCAUUAUUGGAUAAAGAUCACCGUGCGUGGGAUGAAAAUCUCCAAGCAAUCGUGGCGGCCAUUAACAGCGCAAAGCAUGACGUCACAGGGGUAAGCCCGCACAUCGCAAACUUUGGCCGGGACCUGCUGUUACACACGGACCUCUACACACAGCAAGACCUCAACACGCCGGACGAUCCGAAGGUGGCACAAGACUUGCGGCUGUCGGCGAUCAAACGUAUCCAGGACUUCAUUGUAAAGCGCAUCAAAAACAAUCACGAGAAAACGAAGCAACGCUACAACAUGCGGACCAGAGCGGUGUCUUUUAAGAUAGGCGACCUCGUCUGGAGAAGAUCCUUCAACCGUUCAUCGAAAGUAGACCAAGUAAACCAAAAGCUUGACCCCAAAUUCGUCCCAGCUGUCGUUCGCGAGAUAAAGGGUGUGAACCUGUACACCCUAGAAGACGUGUCCAGCGGCAAACGCGGACAGUAUCACGCGAAGGACAUCAAAGCAGAUUAA